AUGGCAUCUGGCUGUUCUGAUCAGGAAAAAAAGGAGGAAAAGGACUUGAAUAUAGAUUGUGAAAUAAGGACUCCUGAACCUAGUAGUGUGAACACAUUUGCAGUAAAAGUUGACCAGGACACAGUUAAGGAAUCGGAAGUUUGGUGCCAUAGUAAUGAUGAUUCGCAAAGUAUAUCAGAUGAAGGGAAAAAAUCAAAUGAAUGCCAACUGCAUCUCGAAUUGAUAAAUUAUGUAAAUAAAUCUCAGACACUGAAGAGUAAGACCUAUCAUUGUGUCGCAUGCCCGAAAGUAUUCACAACCCCAUCCAAACUCCAGAGGCAUAUCUUGACCCAUACAGGACAGAGACCUUUCAGUUGCUAUGUUUGUGGAAAGAAAUUCCGUCAGCUUUCACACAUGAAAUUCCAUAUCCGUACACACAAUCAGGCCAGAACUACAGUGCAGAAAACAGACCCUGAGGACGGUGACCCAUUUACCUUGCAACACGUUGAGCAUGACCAAGUGUCUUCAGUAACAACUGUAGAGUCUGACAUUUCUCCGCAGGACACUAUUCAAAUCCUUGAACCAGAGAAGCGUCUUGAUGGUAACCGUAAUCCGAGUUCACCUCCAGAAAGUGGAACGGAUCAAAACUAUCACUAUAGCUCUGGGAGGAAUAAACGGCAGAAACACCAGUGUUUGAACUGUUACAAAUGCUUCUCAUGUCCGUCCAAACUUCAGAGGCAUCUUCUGAUACACACUGGACAGAAGCCCUUCCGAUGUGUCAUGUGUGGGAAAACAUUCAGACAAGCCAUACAUCUGAAAGUCCAUCAGCUAACCCAUAACAAAUGGAGACCACUGAAGCGAACAUCUCAGCAGGAUGAGCUUGAUAACACAAAUGGUGGUGGACGACACCUUACAUGGUCAUCUAGUCUCACCAAUGCACCUCACAGUAAUGUGAUCACAUCUGACUGUUCUCUUCAGGAAACAGUGGAGGACCAAGAUAUAGACCAUAAAAUGAAUUCUCCUGAGCCUGGUCCUGUGAAUACUUAUGCAGUGCAAUUUGAUCAAGACUCAGUUGCAGUACCUGGUGAUUUGUACCCUAGUGAUGAUUCGGCAAGGAUACCACACCAAACAACAAUAUUAACCAAACAACCGGAGCUGGUCUCAAAUGAAAACAUAAAUACACGUUGGGAACUGAAGAGGAACACUUCUCAGUGUGUUGUGUGUCUAAAGUGUUUCUCCAGCCCGUCUAAACUCCAGAGGCAUAUCUUGACCCACACUGGACAAAGACCUUUCAGUUGCAAUGUUUGUGGAAAGAAAUUCCGUCAGCUUUCACACAUGAAAUUCCAUCUCCUCACCCAUAAUCGGCCUAAAAUUACUCAACAGAAGAUUAUUGAGAAUAAUGACACAUUUUACUUCCACAAAAAUCUGUUGGAUAGUGUUCCAUCAGUAACGACCUUAGACUCCAUUUCCCCUCUUCAACAGAAGACUCCUGGAAAAGGAACAGAUGUGCCUCUUCAAUUAAGCCAUAACCUUGCAUCUUGUGAGGCAGUGUUGGAUCAUGACACUGUUGUUGAUAAUGGGAGGAAUCGUGGCAAUGUAAAACACCAGUGUUUGAUCUGUUUCAAACUCUUCACAUGCCCUUCCAAACUUAGGAGACAUAACCUGAUACACACUGGGCAGAAACCUUACCAUUGUGCUCUGUGUGGGAAAACCUUCAGACAAGCUAUACACCUAAAAGUUCAUCAGCAUACCCACAGUCAGUGGAGGGCUUUCAGAAGAACUGUCCUGAAGGAAGAGGUUCUCAAAAGCAUAUGCCGAAAGCAGGAUAAAGCAAAGGGCUUUAUCACCAGUGUUCAGACAAGUUCUCGAUUAAAAGCAGGUUUAAACCAGUUUCCAGGCAAAGAGGUUGUAGAGGAUAAGAUUUGUGGAGUAGUUCUGGAGGGGCAUGAAAAUCAGUUGGAUGCUGAAAUGAAUCCCUUCCAAGGCACUCAGAACUGUAGUGCAUCUCAGCAGGAUCAGCUUGAUAACACAAAUGAUGGUGGGCAACACCUUAGUUGGCCAUCUAGUCUCACCAAUGCUCCUCACAGUGAUGUGAUCACAUCGGACUGUUCUCUUCUGGAAACAGUGGAGGACCAAGAUAUAGACCAUAAAAUGAAUUCUCCUGAGCCUGGUCCUGUGAAUACUUAUGCAGUGCAAUUUGAUCAAGACUCAAUUGCAGUACCUGGUGAUUUGUAUUCUAGUGAUGAUUCGGCGAGGAUGCCACACCGAACAACAAUAUUAACCAAACAACCGCAGCUGGUUUCAAAUGAAAACAUAAAUGCACGUCAAGAACUGAAGAGGAACACUUACCAGUGCGUCGUGUGUCUAAAGUGUUUCUCCAGCCCCUCCAAACUCCAGAGGCAUAUCUUGACCCACACUGGACAAAGACCUUUCAGUUGCAAUGUUUGUGGAAAGAAAUUCCGUCAGCUUUCACACAUGAAAUUCCAUCUCCUCACCCAUAAUCGGCCUAAAAUUACUCAACAGAAGAUUAUUGAGAAUAAUGACACAUCUUACUUGCACAGAAAUCUGUUGGAUAGUGUUCCAUCAGUCCUAACCUUAGACUGUGUUGCCCUUCUUCAACAGAAGACUCCUGGAAAAGGAACAGAUGUGCCUCUUCAAUUAAGCCAUAACCUUGCAUCCUGUGAGGCAGUGUUGGAUCAUGACACUGUUGUUGAUAAUGGGAGGAAUCGUGGCAAUGUAAAACACCAGUGUUUGAUCUGUUUCAAACUCUUCACAUGCCCUUCCAAACUUAGGAGACAUAACCUGAUACACACUGGGCAGAAACCUUACCAAUGUGCUCUGUGUGGGAAAACCUUCAGACAAGCUAUACACCUAAAAGUUCAUCAGCAUACCCACAGUCAGUGGAGGGCUUUCAGAAGAACUGCCCAGAAGGAAGAGGUUCACAAAAGCAUAUGCAGAAAGCAGGACAAAGCACAGGGCAUUAUUGCCAGUGUUCCUCAAACAAGUUCUCUAUUUAAAGCAGGCUUAAACCAGUUUCCAGGCAAAGAGGUUGUAGAGGAUGAGAUUUGUGGAGUAGCUCUGGAGGGGCAUGAAAAUCAAUUGGAUGCAGAAAUGAAUGCCUUCCAAGGCACUCAGUAUGAUAGUGCCCCAUUGCAGCUAAAGAGUUCUAACACUGAUCACUUACUUCAGAAACCUUUUAAAUGUAACAUUUGUUCCAGGAGCUUUAGACAGUUCAGCAACUUAAAAGCACACUAUCUAACUCACUUAGAGACACAUCAAGUAGAAAACUGUUUUCCCACCAUAAAGAAUGAAAUCUGCCAAAAAGAGAUUAAUUAUGCUUUAGAAGAAGAGGAACAUAACUUUGCAGUGAAUCAACCAGUCUCAGUAAAUUCCUCCACCCAGAAUUCCACCCUGGAAAUGGUAUCAGGACCAGACAUAAGCAACACACAAGAUCAAGCUUCCCAUGAACAUAUUGAUACAGAGGGAAAGUACACACUAAGAGGAAAAGGAGACUCCGAUUGCAGUAGUUUUGAAAGCGCAAGGCUUCAGCACUCUACAUCAACUUUACCUACCACACAAGAAGAUGAACAUAACUGGGAUAGAUUUUCUCCAGUUGAUCAAGAAGAGCCAGACUGUGUAAUUAUAGAAAGUAAUGAUAGUGCUGGAGUGGGAUCUCCUGCCACACUAUGGCAUGCUAAUGGGAACUCAGAAAUUAACCGUUCGAUCAAAAAAGGUUACCAGUGCCCUGUGUGCUCUAAGUGCUUCUUUUCAUCUUCAGAGCUGCAACAGCAUUCACAUACCCAUACAGAGAACAAACGGUUGGAGUGUCCCUUUUGCUUAAAAGAAUUCAUGCAAAAAUCUCUUUUAAAUUCACACCAGUGUACACAUAAAGAUAGGAGAGAUUCUGGUCAAUUUCAUCUGAGUAGCACAAGGCAGUCAGAAGAACAGGAUGGACAGGAAUUGGCUGUCUGUGAUCAGAGUACUAAUUUUACUACAAACGUACCAGUGAUGAACAGCAUCCUGAACAGGAAUCCUCUAACACCUGACUAUAGCAAUGAUAACAUCAAUUCACUGAACAAGGACAUGUCCAGUCCCACUGGCUUGAUGUCUGUGAGGAAAGUAAAACAUACUAGGAAAGCCUAUCAAUGCACAGUUUGUCUAAAGAGCUUUGAAAGCCCUUAUAAACUAUCAAGACAUUUUCUCAUUCACACAGGCGUGAAACCUUUCAAGUGCAGUGUCUGUAAUAAGUCAUUCAGACAGCUUUGCCAUUUGCAGAGUCACCAACAGACUCACAGAGGGAAAAUAUCCAGGGAGGUGCAGCAAAUGGACGAUGGGCACAGUUUGGGGCAGACAGAGGACUAUCCUUCACAGACCCUGGUUUCUGAAGGACAUUUCUCUAGCACUCCAGUUCCUCAAGAGGCAAAGCUAAGAGAUUCAUUACAUUUGCCAGACGAUACCUCAUAUGCCCUCAAACCUAGCACUAACCGCAACUUAACUCUUAGUGACAGUUCAGACCAUUCAGCAGAGAACAUAGCCUCAGGAUCUGUUGGAAUACUGCAUAUAAUCCCAGAUGCUGAAUUAGAACUCAAGAUCAAACAAGGCAGGAGAGACCAUAAAUGUUCUGAGUGUCAGAAAAGCUUUUCGUCCCCUUCCAAACUUGAAAGGCACCACUUGAUCCAUGCAGGAGAAAGACCUUUCAAGUGCUCUAUCUGUUAUAAGGCUUUCAGGCAAGCGGCACAUCUCAAGGUUCACCAGCGAGUUCACGAUAAAAUGUCAGCUGACCAUAGUUCAUUUUCAAGUGAAAUGAUAGACAUCGGGGUUAACGGACACGACUCAAGUCACUCGCAUGCGAUUGAAGACAUCUCUGAGACUCUUAAUUAUGGUAGGCAUGAAGAUAUCGGAGACGGACAGGAAAGUCAAGUUGCGGGUGUAGAGGUAGCCCUGGAAUCUGAACAUUGUGAUGAAUAUUGGUGCGAACCACUCGAUGGGCUCUUCAGUUGUAAGGAUUGUAACAAGUCCUUUGUCACCAAGAGGAGACUGCAGCUGCACAGGUGUUUUCCUAAAAGCAAACAAUCAGAAGCAGAGUCGAGCUUCUUUCAAUGUGCCAUAUGUUUCAAAAUCUUCAAAUCUCCCUACAAACUGAAAAGACACUAUGUUACUCAUACAGGUGAGAGGCCUUAUAGAUGCUCUGUCUGCAAGAAGACCUUCACUCAGUCAGGCCAUUUGAAAACACAUCAGCUCAGUCAUAAAUAGUUUUAAAAUGCUGACAUCUUUUAUAUUGUAGGUAAUUGCCUUACCUCUUGUGAUGUACAUUAUGGCGUGCAAUGUCAAAAUACUACCUGACUCAUUUUUAGCUUCUGUGUUCUUAACAUGGCUUAGAUUUUAAGAGAUUGCAAAGGUUGAUCAGGUAUGAAUUAAUGCAAUAUUUUUGUAUGCAAUUUUAUAAUUUUAAUUCCUCUUAUUGCCAAAUUACAGUUGGAACUAUACUGUAUAAGGCAUUUGGAUGGUUGAGUCCCAAGAUUAUGAAAAUAUCUAAAAUGUACAUGAUUAUCUGACCAUGCUUGUUGAAUUUUAACACUUGUUUAAUUAUCUUCUGAAUAUAAAAAUAUAAGGAUGUAGAACGUGUUUUGUUUUGUUUUUUUGAGAGUUGUACAAGGUCACAGAACUGAAGUCAUAUAAUCUUGCAUGCCUGCCAAAGCCAUCUUUUUUUCCUGGAACUUGUUUGUUGAUAUUCAGCUCCUGCUGUCAUUUCAUUAUUUUUGAUUGAGCUGUUAACUUAAUACUAAUCUUUCUUUGACAUGUUUCAAUUUUAAGGUGCUACAAAGUGUAAAUUGUACUAUUGAGUGUGAGUGUAUGUGAAUAUGAAAGUAGUUGUUCAACAUAUUUUUGCUAAUGUCUCCCACUGUCAAAGUUACGUUUAAAUGUUUCAUUACUUGUUCUAGGCUCCGAUAAACACAAAAACAUCACUGACUCAUUACAAAUACAAGUAUUUAUUUGUAUUUUUUAUGUAAGGGACAACACAAUACAUAGAACAAACAUAUGUCAUGGGACCUACUGUAGGACCAGGUUUUUUUGUGCUAUUACAUAAAAAACAGGUCUACAAAAUGUUUUGGUCACAUUUAUGACAUCUGGUUAAAAAUAGGCAGCCAUAUUAGGUUAGAUAACAUUACAGAUAAGAGGAACUGUCCUGGUCUGCUCUUCUCAUACACGUGGUUCACAAUGCAAUGUAAAAAAUAGUAG